GAGGAAAACUACGGCGUCGAGGACGUGGGCGCUGCUCCGCGGGCGGGGCUGCUGGAGAACUUCGGGGCGGCGCGCCGCCUGCUCGCGGCCGACGCCGGCGCCGGGCUGCUAUGCGCCGUGGUCGCAUGUUUCGAGGGCUCCAUGUACGCCUUCGUGUUCAACUGGACGCCUGCGCUGCGAAACGAGGCAUCGAAGAAGAAACCACACCAGAAACAUACAUUUUCGGAGUACUGUGCGGUUUUCGUAGAUGGGCAUCGCCCCCCCGGAGGCGCCGCAACGGUGAGCGCCGCUGAUCCAAAACAUCCGCCCGACCCUCAGAGGUCCGAUCUCCGAAAGUUUAUACUUCUGCCGCUGUCUCUUCUCCUGAGGCCACGCCGCCACCCCAUGGGCUCAUCUCGCUCUGUCUCCUUCUCUCGUUCUUCUCCUGUCCAUCUAUCUCUUUGGAGUCAACGCUGGCUGAUAUUUUCUUGAUCACAUUGUCGGCUGUAUCCCACCACGCGACCCAGACCCUCGACGUCGUGUUUUUUUUUUUCCGCAGCGUCGACCCCCAGAGGUCUGGACCCCUUCCCCGGGGCCGGCUUUUCAUCCUGAGCUGUUUUUGGACGGCCCCGGGGCCGAGUGAGGGCCCCGGGAGGCCGACAAUGGCGAAAAACCUCCCGUCGUGACUUUUUCACAACACAAGGGGGUCUGGGGAGCAUGCCUGGGUCUCCGGGUCUCCUGCGUGCCGCCGGCCGUCUUCGCGCUCUUCAUGAUGGCGUGCAUGUGCGGGGCCUCCGCGGCCACCAUCUCCAGCGAUGCGCUGCAGCCCACGACGCGGCUGAUCCUCCUGCUUGCAGCCGGGAUCGUUGCCUUCGUGGUCCCGGCCUGGCUGGGCGGCAGGUCGCGGGCGACGGACAUCUCCCGAGACGUGAUCGCGUCGUGCCAAAAACAGGCCUCGGAAGGUCUUGGGCCGUUUUCGGCCUCGGGGGGCCCUCGCGGGGCCUCGGGACCAUCGAAAAACGACGCAGGACGAGAAAGCGGUCCCCAUGGGGAGAGGGUCGGGACUUCUGGGGGGCCCCGUAAUUAUGGCAAACAUCAGGACCUCGCAUGUUUGGGUCCGUACCCGCGGCCCCGCGGAUGCCCCGCGCGGCACGCAGCCGUGCGACCGCUCAUCCGCGGGAUCGCGCCCCGGGUUCCAGACCGCGGGGGCGCGGAUACGGAUACGUUCGCCGCUCGCGAGCAGGGACGGGUUCCUGAUCCCAGAGGAGGAAACAACGGCAGAGGCAUAAACUGUCGGAGCUCCGCGCGGAUCUCUUGGAUCGACGCUGGAGUCCCCCUGCCGCGCUCCGCGCGCCAGGGACGGGCGCCCAGCGCCGAUCCAAGAGGUCCGCGUG